AUGUUCUACUGGCAACCCGCUUUCUUCUCAGAUGGUACAACCCGUCCAGCUUCUCAUUUUCCCCCUCUUGACAUCUCACCUCCGGGAACACUUCCAAUACCACCUUCUUCAACCGUCCGGCCGUCUUUCUCGGAGUUGACAACACAAGGAGACCCAACCACUUCUUCGAAACAUCCAUCCGAAAACGAGAUACCAAAUCAAGCUGUACCCAUGACCAUAUCAUCAAAUACGAACCAAAUAAGUAAGGAGACUUCGGAGAAGACGGAAACAGGAAAUGUCGAGAUGAAAGAAGGAAGGUCAGCUUGGCCUUAUGGAAUUUGUGAUGGUGUACUCCCACCUGAUGGUAUGAUGUCUGUUAACCUUCUCACCCCUUCGGAGAAUAGUAUAUUUGGAAAGGUCUCUCAAUCAGCUUCAGCUACGACAUCUUCCAAAAAACAAGAUGGAAAUCAAUCUUUUUUGGAAUCUUGUGAUGAUGUAACUGUCGCAGGACCGUCUGUAGAUGGUGAAACUGCUCAAGCAUCGUCGACUAUUGAGGUCGCUGUUCAAGAUGGACCAAAGGGGUAUAGGGUAGAUUAUGGAUUUAAUGCUAAUGGGGAUGGAAAGUGGCUGGGUUACUCAUCUGCGAUGCAAUUAGGGGGGUUGAGUAAGGCUAAAGGAGGAGAUGGGGAUUUUUCGCAACGACAGCCGGAAGUCAUAAUAUCACAUGGAUCUUUCUCUGGAGGAGCGGGAGAAGAAGGUGGGAUUGGGAUGAUGUUGGGGAAUGAUGACGUUUCUGCUAGUAAGGGAAAGGGGAAAGGGAAUGAGUCACUGGAGGUGCCGGAGGAGGGAGUGGGCGGAGUGACCGUUCCAGAGGUGGGAGGGGACUCAGGAAGUGGAGCGAGAGUAGAUUGGCCAGAUUGGGUAGAAGGGGGAGAUUCAAAGUGGACGUUGGAAUGCUGUCUUUCUUGA